AUGUCGCUGCUGACCCACGUGCUGGCGUGCCUGUUUGGCAUGGGCUCAUGGGUGGCCAUCAAUGGAAUGUGGGUGGAGCUUCCCCUAGUGGUACCCGAAAUCCCAGAGUACUGGUACCUGCCAUCCUAUCUCACAGUCCUCAUCCAGAUGGCCAACAUAGGUCCCCUGUUCAUCACCGUCAUGCACCGCUUCCGCCCCGGGGUUCUGGACGAGCGGCUUGUCAUUUACUGUAUCGUGGGACUGGGGAUCAUUGCCACGUUCCUGCUGGCCUUCCUCUGGCAGUACACGGUGCCAGUGGGUGGCAGUUUGCACAGUGUGCCCCUCCUGGUGCUGAGCUUCCUGCUGUCUGUGGUGGACUGCACCUCCUCCGUCACCUUCCUGCCCUUCAUGAUGAGGCUGAGCCCCCAGUACCUCACCACAUACUUUGUAGGGGAAGGGCUCAGCGGCCUCGUGCCUGCUUUGGUGGCCCUGAUUCAAGGUGUCGGGGUGGUCCACUGUCAAAACGUUACUGCGGCUGAAGCAGCCAACCACACGUUCGAUAAUUUGACAACAGGUGACAGUGGAGAGCUAAAGGCCAUCUACCAGCCCGCUAACUUCUCUGCCCAGGUCUUCUUCCUCUUCCUCAGUGCCAUGAUGGUGGUGUGCCUCGUAGCUUUCAUCCUACUCAACCAUCACCCUGCUGUGGCACGAGAGAGAAAGAGCGACAUGUACUUCAGCGACCACCUGGCCCCGGGCAAGAGAGAACAAGAUCUAUCCCUGCACGUCAAGACAGCAGAACAGAAGCCUAUGAUCAGUCCGUCGGAGGCCAGCAGGAGAGAGCAGAGGAGCUCUUUCGGGAAGGGGACGUACAGCAGCCCAGAGGUGAUGUUCAUCUUCAUUGUGCUGGCCUGGGUCAAUGCUCUGACCAAUGCGGUGCUGCCCUCGGUGCAGUCAUACUCCUGUCUGCCUUAUGGGAACAAAGCCUACCAUCUGGCUGCCACCUUGGCAGCUGUUGCGAACCCCAUGGCCUGCUUCAUCGCCAUGUUUAUACCGAUCAGGUCUCUCAUCUUCAUGGGUGUUUUGACCGUGACGGGGACAGCAUUCGGUGCUUACAUCAUGGCCAUGGCUGCUUUGAGUCCCUGCCCUCUGCUGGUCUACAGUCCCACUGGAACUGUGGUCAUAGUGAUGGCCUGGAUCCUGUUUGUCCUGACCCUGUCCUAUGUGAAGGUCAUCAUUGGUGUGAUUCUGCGGGAUGAAGGCCACAGCGCCCUCGUGUGGUGUGGAGCAGUAGUGCAGCUGGGCUCCAUGCUCGGCGCUUUAUCCAUGUUUCCACUGGUCAAUGUCUAUGGACUUUUCAAGUCAGGAGAUCCCUGCAACACCAGGUGUCCCAUGUAGUGGCGGGGCAAAUUUGACUGUAAAGGGUUAGAAUUGUAAUGUUUGUAACAGUCACUGUAUCUACUCUGUCAGCUGGUUUCCGAAGGGUUAAACUGUGUUUUUACAGAUAUAUCUAUUUAUUAACUUAACAAGGUCAACACUACAAGAGGUGGACAUGGCAUCCUAGAGUAUCAGUGUGUCAGACAACAUGAGACCAGACCUUAACAAUCCCAAAGACCACAGAGAAUAGUAUUCUGUUGCUAAGCCUAUGACAAUUCCUUCGCAACCAAGGAACCAUCUAGAGUUACUGUUUAUUUUUAGUGCUGUUUAGACAAUUCAUUUUGCUUUUAUAAGGAGGCUGUAUUUUAAAUGUGCCUUAAAAGACCUGUUUUCAGUGUAGUUUACAUAUUUAGACUUUUGUCUUUCUUUUUUUUUUAAUGUCACAUUCAAUUUUGAUUGCUUUAUGUAUGUUAGUUAAGUAGCAGAACAAAGCACUGGUACUGUCAUACAUGGAAAAUUUUAAAUAAAAAGAAAUGUCACAGU